CAUAAAAUAAGAAAUGGCGGUUCUGUCUGACAGGCGAGUGUGAACUGCAGCGCACGUGUUUUCUCAACUGUGAUCAACGCGAGCAAUUAAUCCCGUGUGUUGUGCGUAAAUAAUCAAAUAAAAUAAUUUUCUAGUUAAAAUGAAUGCAGAAAAACUGAAGAAACUGCAAGCGCAAGUGCGUAUCGGCGGCAAAGGCACACCACGCCGGAAAAAGAAGAUCGUCCACUCCACGCCUGCGACAGAUGACAAAAAAUUGCAGUCGUCAUUGAAAAAACUGAGCGUGAACACAAUCCCCGGCAUCGAGGAGGUGAACAUCAUCAAAAACGACGGCACCGUCAUCCAUUUCAACAAUCCCAAGGCCCAGGCCUCGUUGCCCACCAACACGUUCGCGAUCACAGGCCAUGGCGAGAACAAAUCGAUUUCGGAGAUGCUCCCGGGUAUUCUGACACAACUGGGCCCCCAGGACAUUGCUCACCUGAAAAAACUCGCCAGUGAACUGACCAGCCAAGGAGUGCCGCCCGCCGCCGACGACGACGUCCCGGACCUGGUGGAGAACUUCGAGGAGGUGGCCAUCGGAGGCACCGCGACCGCAACGGCGGCAGCAACAGGCGCCGCGGAGCCCGCGAAGAAGGUUGAAGUGGCCGCCGAAUGAGCUUAGCGCGGGGAGCUCUUCCCGCCCAAGUCGCACCGUUCAGCCAACAACCAUCACACCGCCUGGGAUUCGAUUGUUAUAACAAAAUAAUGUUGAAUAUUCUAAGUCUCUUAUUCAGUGUUUUAACUCUAGUUUCGUAACUUUAUUCGGUUAAAUGUAGGAUUGCGCCGCGGCGGCCUGCUGCGCGCGCCCGUCCUCCAUCUAUUCCAAGGGAAAACUUAGUGCAACCGCAGCAUUCACAAAACUGAAAAUCCGGGACCGUCCCGACCGAGGGGCGGCCGCAAUAAAACAUUCUCUAAUAAUUUUAGUGUUUAGGUUUAUGUUUCACAAGAGUCAAUUCUGGGGAGGAACUGAGGAAGCGUAGGAUGUAGAUUGUGUAAGGGAGCGGACGUGCUGCCGUGCGAGUCUCGACGACGGCACGGGCAGCGGGGCCGACUAUCAUUUUGUAAAUUGAACGAUUGCUGUAGCUCGGCUGGCUUUUUCCGAUUAGGGUAUUGACUUUUCGUUUUUCGAGGAAAACAAUGAUAUAUGGGACAAAUAAACUAGUGUUCUAGAAAAUACGAA